AACCCAAACUCUCCGGCGGGGAAGAUGUCCGGUGAAAAGUUCAAUUUCGCUGCUGUCUGCGCAGAAAAUCAGAUAGAAAUAAACCCUCACAUCUUACAAGCCUUAGAGGAGACGACGGGGACGGAGAAUGUCACCUUAAAACUUUCUGGAAACAACCGACUGAGACGAGUUCAGCGACUUGAUGACAAAGACGCUCUCGCUCUCUCAGAAUGUCUGAGACACGUGAAGUGUGUGACAGGUCUGGAUGUCGGGUACAAUAACAUAACAGAUGAAGGCGUUGGACACCUGGCUGACCUCUUACAGGACGACGGCUCAGCUCUGCACUCUCUGGACCUGAUGUUCAACGACAUCCAGACGGACGGAGCUGAAGUUCUCGCCAAGAGCCUGCAGGGCAACAGCACCUUGCUGUGUCUCAGACUGUCAGGUAAUAAGAUCGAGAACAGAGGAGCCAUGCACCUGGCCAGCAUGCUGCAGGUGAACAACACCCUGAAGGAGCUGGAGGUGGCCGACUGCGACCUGGCCACUCAGAGCGUGAUAGCGUUUGCCAUCGUGUUGAAAAGCAACAAGACUCUUCGCUCUGUUGACAUCAGCCGGCCGCUGCUCUUCAGCCACCAGGACGAGUGGGCGGUGCACUUCUCUGAGAUGCUGGCUGUGAACUGCAGCCUGGUGGAGCUCCACCUGGGGAAGAUGGGCAUGACCGACACCGGGAUGGAGAGGCUGACUGAAGGCCUGCGGCUCAACCGCAGCCUGCGCUACCUGGACCUGCGCUGUAACCGCGUGACCCGUGACGGCGCGCGUCAUCUAGCUGAGGUGCUGAAGCACAACCCGACUCUGGAGAUCGUAGAUCUGUCGUCCAAUCGGAUUGAAGAUGACGGUGCUGCGUACCUGAGUGAGGUCAUCGCGUGGCCAGGCGGCGCUUUGAGAGAGCUGUCUGUCACCAGCAACAACAUCAAGACGGAGGGUCUGCUGUCCUUGGCUCGGGCUAUGACAGCGAACACAACUCUGACCCACAUCUACAUCUGGGGAAACCACCUGGAGGAGCCAGUCUGUCAGGCCUUCAGACAGCUGAUCUCCAGCGGCCGCCUGCCUCCGGAGCAGACCGAUGUUAGCCCGUACGAGGUGGACGGGCAGGUGUUUCUCGCCGAGGUCUUCCACAGUUUGAGGAGACACUGGUACUGGACUAACAGCUCCGGUACAGACACAUCCACCACCUCCAACACUGCAACAGACCUGUUAACAAUCCGCGCCACCAGCCCCGACUCCAGCUUGCCACGACACGCCGAGAGUCAGCAGCUUCUUCACCUGCAGUCCUGCUGAAACGAAUGAAAUGAAACUUCUAAACACUAAACUGUUCCUAACCUGUGAGAUUUGUUUUACUGAAAGUGUCCAUCCUUAUCUUAUUUACAUAUAAAUGUUUAAUGCAUAGAUUCAAAGGUGCUGAAAGAUUCUGAAAGUUCUCUUUAACUGCAUCAGAGCUCAGAUAUUUUAUAAAACUAAUUAAAUGAGCUCAUGAAAGAUCGCAGAGGCCAGUUAGUUCAGGGAAACUGAAAACCAGGGCUGCAACUAACAAUUAAUUUCACAAUCGAUUAAUAGGUCAAUAAUCUUCUGGAUUAAUCGAGAAGUUUUUUGGUUUGGUAUAAAAUGUCAAAAAAUGGUGAAAAAUGUUGAUCAGUGUUUCCCAAAGCCCAAGACGACGUCCUCAAAUGUCUUAUUUUGUCCACGACACAAAGAUAUUCACAUUUAAGAUCAAGUUUUGCCUUUUUUUCUUAAAACAAUAAAGAUGAUUCGAUUAUCUAA